UUGGUUGCUCAUUGGGGUGAAUAGUGAAGAAAGUGAGGUCGCUGAUUGGCCCAAAGAAAGCAGCACAACUACAUGGAGUUACUCAUUCAGCUUGUUCAAGUGCUUAAACUGUUUCUCUGAGAGAGUAACGGGCCAGACAACUCCAACUUCAAUAGAUGGGGUCAUCACUGAAGAUGAGAAAUCGUUGGAAACGUAUCUCUGUCUUUACAAAUGAAUGCAUGCUAUUUUUUGGACCUUGCACAGAGUGCAAGUUUUCACCUUUCCAGUAGGGCCAGCCUAAGUUAAAUGUGCAGCCUAUGCUUUUUCAAAGAUCUGCGCUAAAAUGGAUUGAAGCUACGUGAGCACGCACGGCUUUACGAUGGCAAAUGCAGACAGCGAGGUCAGGACACUGCUGAACUUUGUUAAUUUGGCAUCAAGCGACAUCAAAGCAGCGCUUGACAAAUCGGCUCCCUGCAGGCGCUCAGUGGACCAUAGGAAAUACUUGCAGAAACAGCUGAAACGCUUUUCAAAGAGAUACAGGUUACCUCGUUGUCGUUCGCACAGAACAGAACUUGGGACAAGUAAUGUAUCUGAAGACAACCCUGUUAAGUAUUCCCUUGACGGCAUCCGUCAGUGGAAUCUCAGGGGAAAGAAUGAAUCAGUGGCAUCGGAGCUGCACGAGAACUCUUAUCACAAGACUGAAGAUCAGAACCAGGUGCCUAUGCGGAAUCGCCAACUUCCAGCUUCUUUCUGGAAAGAACCCACAUCUCCCUCACAAAGUUUGACAGCUCUGGUCAAAGGUAGGCCUACCAGUAAAGAAACGGAUGGUCCAAGGGUUGUGAUUCCUUUGGUGCCGGACGGUGGGGGAAAAAUUAACAAUAACGACGUCAAUUCUUUGCCCACUUAUUGUGAUUCUGUGGACAGCGCACCGCUCAAGAUGGACUUAACGUACAGGAAUGUAGAUUUAUGUGGGUGCUAUUCUUUUCAAUAUCACAGACACGUCUUACAAAGACACUUGACUGCUCCACGCUCUGCAUGUUUUGACGUUGCCCCCCCUGCAGGAACGGCCGUUGAUGUUGACAGACAUAACUUACCAAACCGACUGGAGUACCAUGCAACCCAUGUCGUUGUGAAGCCAAUUCCGACCAAACCGGCGCUCUCGAUGUUCAGUAUGUUUGGAUUUAUUUAAGAGAAGUGGUAGGCUGUAGGUUACAAGAAAUUGUGAAAUCUUGUUUUUCUCUAGGAGUGCUAGGUUGUUUGUCUUUCAUUACCUGUAUUAGAUAGUGGUAGGCUACAGGACCAGCCUCUGUCAUGAAGCAACCCUAUAGGGUUUAAGCUUUACCGAUAUAUUAGUUCUUAACAGCUCUAUAAUUGCGCACUGUUCCUUCACAGUAGCAAGGCUACUGGACUGAUACAUGCCAAAGGAAAAUAAGUUCUCUUUGAUAAAUCCAGGUAUAGGUAACAAUGUUACUUCUUGGUACUGAUGAUUUUUAGAAAGGUAUACUAAGGUUAAGAUUACAAUUAUGAAAACGGCGCAGAUUUGAGUAGAAUUG